ACACUGGGCAGCAGUUGUGAUAUUCAGCAUUCCCCAGUCUUCUUCCACUUGGAGGAGACAAAUUGGCAGGUGAGUGGCAGAUGUUAUGAAGGAUGCUGCAGGAGCAUAUGGAACGAUAACAAGGCAAGUUUACUUCCUAAGAGGGAUUGGCUGAUAUCCAUGAUCUGAAGUUGGCUGAUGUGUGGUGAUGGACCUAGUGGAAGUUGGCAGAUGUUUGGUGGGUGGAAGCCAGUGGGGUUCUCAUUCGGAAGCAAGGCUGAAUGGAGAGUGAAAGAUGAGCAAAUGGCUUUCUUCAUGGAUGUCGGCUGGCCGUGUGUUUGUGUCUGUGAAUGGGAGGUUUUGAAUGUGGUUGAGACACAUGGUGUGUAUAAGCGUGUAAAUGGGAUGUGCGAAAGGUGACUGGUGGAUAUUCAUGAAUAGAAGGAACUUUUGGCACUGGGCAGGCUGACGUUAGAGAUUCAGUUUUCAGGCUGAAGCCAGUGGAGGUGCCCGGAUGAUGCUGUCGGAUGGUAGCCAUUCCCCACCACCAUCUGUUUCUCCUGCCCCAGGGACGUCUGAUGCUGGUGAGCUUUUCCCAAGACUGUGCAUGAAAGCAUGGAAGGAGGCCAUGGGCUGGCUGAAGCCAACAAGGCUUUCUCAAGACAUUCCCGUCCCUUUAGAAAGCAUGCCAACUUAUAGUUCCAAAUAAGUGUUUUUCAAAAUACAUCCAAGUGUAAUGUCUAUUCUGUCUGAGUUAUAUGAUAUACCCCUCCCUGGUGUUAGCAUACACGAAAGGAAAAAUUUUUAAUAAGUGAGUUGCUGGUGAGAUGCCCCCACAAUGUCAGGCCUGGGGAGGGUGAACUGUUGCCGUUAGCUAGAGAUGGUCUGUGACAUCACAAAAGGACAUGGCAACAUCAUUCCAUGUCCUAAGAGCAUCUUCAGCUGCAGUAUCCAGGGUUCAUAUAUUUGUUCAUCUUCCAACAUGUUAUAUGCCGUUAUCUGCCACCAAUGUCCUUCUGGCUUCUACGUAGGACAAACAGUCUCCAUGUGGAAGAAUUAACAGGCACGAAUCUGACAUUAGAAAGGGCAACUUUCAAAAGCUAGUGAGGGAACGUCUCCAUCUCCCAGGAUACUCCACGGCUGAUCUAAAAGCUGUAUCUCCCAAGACACUCAGCUGCAUUGAUCUAAAAGAUUUUCUGACAAAGGAAUUUCAAAGGGAGACUGCAGUGUGAAAUUUCAGAAUUACAGCUCAUCGGGACUUUUUAGUCUACACCUUGGGGAGGAACAAAGAGAAUGUUUCUCUUUCCCACUAACACAUCUUGCCCCAGAGAUGCUGUUGUGCUGUCACCCAAAAACGCUGCCAUGAGAGGUCUCCGCCCCUCAUUCUCCAUACAUUUAAGAUCCAAUUGAAUUGUCACCACCUGUAUUUUUUCAUUUACAGUGGUACCUCGGGUUACAUACACUUCAGGUUACAUACGCUUCAGGUUACAGACUGCGCUAACCCAGAAAUAGUACCUUGGGUUAAGAACUUUGCUUCAGGAUGAGAACAGAAAUCGUGCUCUGGCAGCGCUGCGGCAGCUGGAGGUCCCAUUAGCUAAAGUGGUGCUUCAGGUUAAGAACAGUUUCAGGUUAAGAACGGACCUCCGGAACGAAUUAAGUACUUAACCCGAGGUACCACUGUAUUUGAAAUAUAAACAGCUAAGCAUUACAAAACACCAUAGUGAUGGACAGCAGCAAUUAAAACACAACAAAUAAGAGCAAUUCUCCAAAGAGGAAUAAGAUUUCUUCACCAUCCAUUUCCUGCUGACGCUGCUAGAGUGUAAGACUGGGGAACCAGGGUUCAAAUUCCCACUCAACCAGGAAGCUCACUGGCUCCUCUUAGGCCACAGUCACUAUAUCUCUGCCUAACCUACCUCACAUUUGGAACACAAAUGCAGCAAAUAAAAUGAACAGAUCUCCUCCACAUACAUACUAUACACCAUUUCUGUUUUGAAAGAAAGAACAUAAGCAGAGCCCUAAUAUAUGCAUCUAUGUAGACAUUGUUUGGUUGGAGAGCUGGAUCACAAAAUUCAGAAAAGUGCCAAAUGUUGACAGAUAACUGUUUUUCAGAUCUCAUAUUGUUUCAGAAUGUGCUGAUCUGAUGUGCCUUUAAAUGAGAACUGAGCAAGACUUAUCCCCUACCUGUACUCGCUAGAUCAGUGGUUUCCCAAAAAUUUAAAAAUAAAAAUUGGGGCCACUACCCCUUCGUUCCAUAAAUUCACCCCCAGUACCCCCUACCCCACCCUAUAAAAAACAAUAUUCAAAAUAGCAGUUUGUACAACCCUCUAAAGAAUAUAAUAACAGAAUAAAAAUUAAGACAGCAAUUAAUUGCACAUUUGUUGAUAAUCCAGUUACAGUGGUAUCUCGGGUUACAUACGCUUCAGGUUAUAUACGCUUCAGGUUACAGACUCUGCUAACCCAGAAAUAGUGCUUCAGGUUAAGAACUUUGCUUCAGGAUGAGAACAGAAAUUGUGCUCCAGCAGCGCGGCAGCAGCAGGAGGCCCCAUUAGCUAAAGUGGUGCUUCAGGUUAAGAACAGUUUCAGGUUAAUGAAUUAAGUACUUAACCCGAGGUACCACUGUAUAGCCAUUUAGUUUAAUUAAUUCAGCAAAAUGGAUAAACUUGAUCCAGUGAUCCCAGCUUUUCAAAGCCUGAUAGUCCUUUGCACCUCCAACACCCCCUUGCCGCCUGCUUGCCUCUUUGCAACCGAAUAGGCAAUCCCACUGCCCCCCAGGAGGGUGGUACUUUGGGAACCACUGCUCUAGAUGAUCUGGACCACAAUUCCUUUCAUUCCUGUGCUGGCUGGGGCUGAUGGGACUUGUAGUCCAAAUUCUGCCGAAGGCUCCUGUUUCAAAGACAGCCUUACCUUCUUGCUGAACUCAUGCGCCUUCUGCCUCCGCUCUUGAUGGAUGGCGUCAGCGCUUUGGACAAACUCCCGCACGCUGCUGCUGGCCCACUUCUGCUGCCGCCCGAGGCGCAGGAGCCCCAACCUGAGGCCCUUUCCCUGGCACGCCUGGAUCAUGACAGCCGCCUCUUCAUAGAGCUUAACUGGGGUCCCGUUGAUCUCCAGGAUGUAGUCUCCAGCUUUGACCCCGCAUUCGGAGGCUGGCGAGGCAGGAUCCACGCUCCCCACUUGCAAGGGGCAUCCUCCCUCGCACGCCAGAGUGAAGCCAAAGCGCCCCUCUUGGCCCGGCUUGAGUUCCACCUGCUGGAUGCGCGAGACCACCCCAAUGCUGGGGGGCACGUUCUCGCACUGCCUCGCCAGGGCAACCAGCGCCUCAGCGUUCAUGGAGGAGACGUGCUGGCCUUCAAUCUCCAGGAUCUGGUCUCCCAGCUGGAGGCCGGCCAGCUGGGCGCUGCUCCCUUCUUCCACUGCCAAGAUGUAGCAAGGGCCAUUCCCGCUGAUCUUGAACCCAAAUUCCUCAGGCCACCCAUCAUUGGUAGUUGGCAUGGCGGUGACUGGGGAAAAGGAGAGCACGGAAAGGUCAGCCGCUGAAUCUGGUUCCCUCAUGGAAAGAACAGUUCCUUGAUUCAGGCCACGUUCCCACCAGACGUCUAAAGCACUAGGACAGCAGUUUAAACAGUUGUGGUCCCCCCCCCCCAAAAAAAAAUCUGGCAGGAGAGAGUUAUUAGAAGACCCAUUUUCCCCUCACAGAGUUUCCUGUGAAGAAGGGUUAACAGAUAAACCCAUCUGGGAACUGCAGUCCCAUGAGUGGAAUAAGAGCCUCCUAACAAUUAGCACCCUUAACAAAAGACAGCUCCCAGGUUGCUAAUCUGUUAAGGGUGCUAUUAGGAGUGUUAGGAGACCCCUUGACCUCCACCCCCGCCGCCGCCCAGUUUCCACUCCCAGAGUGGUUUAACAGUCAAUCCCUCUUCCUAGGAAACUCUGGUAAUUGUGGCCCUGUGAAGGGAAUAGGACCCUCCUAACAACUCCCAGCACCCUUGACAAGCUACAGCUCCCAGAAUUCUUUGGGUGGGAAGCCAUGACUGUUUAAAGAGGCAUCACAGUACUGUACCUCUCAGAUGUAUGGUGUGAAUGUGGUCUUAAUCAAGUUCUUUCCAACCAUAUGCACAAUUUCAAACACAAAUACCAACAUUUGUGUGAUCAACCACUCCUUUGAGAACUUUCCCGAGAGGACAACAUGAUAGUCUCUUCCAACAACAUUAAAAAAAAAAGUAGUUCUAUGGCUUUUGAAAGACUAGCGAUUUAUUUAUUUUGGCCUAAGCUUUUGUGGCCUCGAGCCUACUUUGUCAGAGAUAUGAAGUAAAUUUGCCAUUGGACCUCAUUGCCAUUCAACUCCCAACUUACAAUUAGAUGUUCAGUUGCCUGGCUGUCUGUUCCUUAUUUAUCCUAAAUGGGAUCAGACCUAUGGGAGGGGCUGUAGCUCCUUGACAGAGCAUCUGCUUUGGAGACUAAAGGUCCCAGGUCCAAUCCCUGGUGGCAGUUCCAUGUAGGGCAUAUCCUCCAACAUUUAUCUGAUGGAAAUAAGGACAUCCCCUUCCAUAAUUAUAAUUUUACUAUUUAUACCCCACACAUCCUACUUGGUUGCCCCAGCCACUCUGGGCAGCUUCCAACAUAUUUAAAAACAUAUACUUUUAUAUUUUAUUUUAAAAAAUUCCCUAUACAGAAUUGCCUUCAGAUGGCUCAGGGGUCAGAUAACACCAUACCCUCCAACAUUUCUCCAACGAAAACAGAGACAUCCUAAGGAAAAGUGGGACAUUCUGGGAUCAAAUCAGAAACCAGGCUUCUCUAAAUCAGGGAGGUCCCUGGAAAAUAGGCACACUUGGAGCAUCUGGCAGGGCUGGGAGAGAUCCCUGCCUGAAACCCUGGAGAGCCACUGCCAGUCAGUGUAGGCAUUACUGAGCUAGAUGGACCAGGGAUCUGAUUAUUAUUAUUAUUAUUAUUAUUUUAAGAAGGGCUGUGAUUCAGAACACCUGCUUUGCAUGCAGAAGGUCCCAGGCUCAAUCCUCAAUGGCAUCUCCAGGUACAACUGGGAGAGAAACCCCUGCUUCAAACCCUGGCAAGCUACUGCCAGUCAGUGCAGUCAAUACUAAACUAGAUGGAUCACUGGUCUCAGAGUAAGGCAGCUUCCUAUGUACAUCCCAUUCUGGACAACAAUAUUCCCUUUCAUUCAUAUAUAUAUAUAUAUAUAUAUAUCCCAACUUUCCUCUCCAAGGGAGGCAAACACACAACGGAUUAAACAAAAUGUCUAAAAACAAUUCCAGAACAGGUGCAGUCUGGGUGGGCCUGAUCUUGCUGACAGACACAGCCCCCUCAACUAAAGCGGCUACUCACAGACAAUGGAAAUGCACAACAGAGACACAGACACAGGGUCCAGGUUCUGCAGGAGGGAUCAGACUCAAACACUGUCCCUGGAUAUCCUUUCUGUAUAUACCUCCUGCACACUCACCUGACUGGCCCUUACUUUGGCCCUGACAAUGGGGCAGCAUCCUCCAGCAGGGCAGUUGUGUCAGGGGGUGUGAAGCUCAGGACAGGCCAUACACAGAGGAAAAUGGCGGAGGAGCUCAGUGAGGUUGCCCCCCACCCCGGUGACAGCUGCCUGAAGAAGCCACCUCGUUCCUCCACUCCUGGGUCUUAAGUAAAGACUUACAGAAAUUGCAGGCCAUUAGGAUCUGGCUGAGGUCUUGCGAAGAAGGCCGCCGUCAUUUCUCCGCGGGGUCUGGAGUUUUGUGGUUCUCUUCAGCUUGGGAAGCUGCUUCCCCUACCCGAAAGCUUCACUUGCCACGGAAAAUGGAGGACUUGGGUACAAGACUCUCCCAAGCCCACAGUGCUGACCAGGCCACGUUCUUGAGAAUGUGGAAGGCCAAGUCACUCGAGAAGUUCACCCAACCUGGGUUGGAGCUUUUACCUUCCCAUUCCCUCCAGCUAGGAAGAUGUGACUGAGCUCCAGCACAGCUGAGCCCUACUCCUUCCCUCCAUUGUCUCCCCACUUGCUGCUUUUUUUGGGGGGUGGGAGAAUAUUACGACCAAGUGGGUAGAUGGAUCGACUAAGUCAAACCCAGACAAUGACCAUGUCUUCUUGUCUCUGAGGCCUCUGAGGGGAAUUAGAACCAGUCAAGAGCUAAACUGGAUUAGAGGCCCAGUCUGGGUGUUGUGUGAGCAAAUUGAAGUCGACGCUAAUGCAACAGCAGACAAGGCUCACGUGGGUUGAGACAGGAGGACAGCGGCAGUUUGCUUUGGAAGGAGGUAGGGAGAUGCCAUCACAAAGAAGAUAUGCCUUGAACUGUGCCAUAGCAUCAGCCCAUCUAGCUAAGGCUACCAGACCUUUAUUCAAAACCAUGAGGACUGAAACCACAGCACCUGAUUUACAUGUAGAAGCUCCCGGGUUGAGAGACAGGACUCGGAAUGUCCCUUGCCUGAAACCCUGGAGGGCAGUUGCCAGUCAUUGUGUAGGCCGUGGGUAGGCAAACCAAGGCCCGGGGGCUGGAUCAGGCCCAAUCGCCUUCUAAAUCCGGCCCACGGGUGGUCCGGGAAUCAGUGUGUUUUUACAUGAGUAGAAUGUGUCCUUUUAUUUCAAAUGCAUCUCUGGGUUAUUUGUGGGGCAUAGGAAUUUGUUCAUUCCCCCCCAAAUAUAGUCCGGCCCCCCACAAGGUCUGAAGGACAGUGGACCGGCCCCCUGCUGAAAAAGUUUGCUGACCUCUGGUGUAGGCAAUAUUGAGUCUGAUGGACUUGGAAUAAGAGGACAUGAAUCUUUUUCUAAGAGCUCUGCGUGCUUCUAAGUGGAUGAUGCGUUUGUGGGGAACUGAAUUGGGUGGGAAGGGGGCAAUGGUCUGGGUUACUGGGUUGAAUAUUAAUUUGAAGUAAGAUAUUCAUGUAACUGAACUUUAUCUAGAGAAAAAUUGGAGGGCAAUGAAAGUGGGUAAAUGGAGGGGAAAUGAAGUGAUUUGGGGCAGGCUCUGUUGGAGAAUUAAUAUGUGAGUAAAUUGAAGAGGAACUGAUUUGGGGUGCAAGUUAACUGAAGAAUCUAUCAAGGGAGAGAUGGAGGGGCACUAAUUGACUUGCCUUCUGUGGCACUGAAAUUCUAAAAUUUGCAUCUACACCUAUUAAUUGUUGUUUAGUCGUUUAGUCGUGUCCGACUCUUCGUGACCCCAUGGACCAGAGCACGCCAGGCACUCCUGUCUUCCACUGCCUCCCGCAGUUUGAUCAAACUCAUGAUGGUAGCUUCAAGAACACCAUCCAACCAUCUCAUUCUCCGUCGUCCCCUUCUCCUUGUGCCCUCCAUCUUUCCCAACAUCAGGGUCUUUUCCAGGGACUCUUCUCUUCUCAUGAGGUGGCCAAAGUAUUGGAGCCUCAGCUUCAGGAUCUGUCCUUCCAGUGAGCACUCAGGGCUGAUUUCCUUCAGAAUGGAGAGGUUUGAUCUUCUUGCAGUCCAUGGGACUCUCAAGAGUCUCCUGCAGCACCAUAAUUCAAAAGCAUCAAUUCUUCGGCGAUCAGCCUUCUUUCUGGUCCAGCUCUCACUUCCAUACAUCACUACUGGGAAAACCAUGGCUUUUACUAUACGGACCUUUGUUGGCAAGGUGAUGUCUCUGCUUUUUAAGAUGUUGUCUAGGUUUGCCAUCGCCUUUCUCCCAAGGAGCAGGCGUCUUUUAAUUUCGUGACUGCUGUCACCAUCUGCAGUGAUCCACCUAUUAAUUAGCAUAUGUAAAUUUUGUUUCUAGGCCCCAGAUUUUUAAAGCACCUAACAAUGCCACACCACAAGGAUUCCAUUUUAGCUGCACUAUUGCACAUAUCAAUUAGAGCUACAUGCACCCAUAAAGCAUGUUUAUUUAUUUCAUAAAAUUUAUACACUAGAUUGUAAAAGGCAAAAAAAAAAAAAUCAACAUGGUUUACAAAAAAAGAUAAAACAUCAAUAAGAAGUUAAAAUAACAAUAAACUGAAAACAGAUGAAAACUUGCUUCAACUUUCUAAACAUCUGGGUAGGCUUGUCUAAACAAAAAUAUUUUUUUAGCAAGGGUACAGUGAAGGCACCUGCCUGAUAUCAACUGGCAGGGAGUUCCAAUGUGUAGGUGCUGCCACACUAAAAGGAGAAGUUCUCACAAAUAAGGAAUGGGUAUGUGGUGGCACCUGUGGACAGUGCCAGUUCUGCACUGCUGGGGGGGGGAGGGAAAAAGAGAGAGAGAGAGAGAGAGAAGGUAGGGCCUGCCUGCUCCACUUCUCCCUGGGUGUCAAAGCUUCAGCCACUAAUUGCUGCAUCCUGCUAAUGCCUCAGAAAUGUGUUGUGCUAAUUUUCAGGGCUAUUCUAAUAGCACACACAUACACCCCCACAUCUCCACCCUGACACAACUGAAAAGAUGCAGCUUGCAGACUGUGAUGGGUUUGUUAUUUUUAAAAAGCUGUCGUUAGUCAAAAACAUUUGCUUCCUUUUGCAAGAGCUCCUUUGACAAUAAUUUAAGAAGUCUUCAGUGUUCAUUCACCCUGAUCCCCUUUCCCUUCCUCCAUAUGAAUGCAUGUCAAGCAACGCUUACCUCUCUUGCGCAGGGCCUAGCCUGCACCAGUAGCACAGAAUGAGGACCUGUUACCCAGCUAAACCAUCCCGGCAGUUUCAGCACUUCUGGAUCAAUUUCAGACCUGUGGGGCAAGCGCCUGAGUUUCUAUGGCAAACUCUAUCCAGGCACGGUAACCUAAUAGGACAGUCAUUAGCAGGCUGACCUUGGCGGGGAGCGAAGGAGUGCAAACGUCUGGGAGAGAGGCAGCUUCUCUGCAGCUACAGAGGCAACUAGGGAAUUUCCCAGCUCUCAAAAGAUUUAAGCAGCUUAGAGCUGUUAGGGAAAUUACAGGGGGGAGCACAUCUUUAAAGUUAUUAAAUGUUACAAAUACUAUGCCUGAAUGUAUCCUUUCGACUUGACAGCUCAGGGAAGAUACCUAGCUUUAUAAAUCAUAUAAAAUCAACCCCUUGAAGACAUGUGUACACACCUCCUACCCCAGGAAAUGCCCAGAGGUGACAAUUGCUGGGCUCAUUGUUCUCCAAGGGAAGCCAUAUCUCAUCACCAGACUUGCCUCAGGCUCCAGACAUGCAAAGGAAGUUCUGUUGCCUAUGCUAUUCAUGUGUAACCUUCCCGUUUUGUGACAUAUUAGUGAUGUAUCAAUGAUAUAUUGAUGAUGCUGUGCGAACUGUAUUCUGGGAUAUGGUGGGAAUAUUUUAAAAGUCAAUGUCGCCUCAUGCUCUGGGUUCACUCGCUGCUGUUGAACCUGUUGCGCAACAAUAAAGGAUCUAAGUCUACUGACUGCUGUUUUGCUCCAAAUUGCUUGGCUGGAAUUUCCUUCUUUUACUGACCACAUGGAUCCACAGGGGACUUGUACCCCGAUGAGCUGUGCUGUUGAGUAUUCUCUCAACCCAGAAUUUUCCUUAAGAGAGCAUAUAUGGGGUGGAUGCUGAACCCAGAGAUGAUGUGUGCAUGCUGCUGCUACAAAUUCAGGAUUGGCUUGAACCUUUCAAGCUAAGAAGAAGCAACAGACAAUCUCAGAGACACAUUUGUUAGAGCUGGUGUUCUUUCAACAAAGGUAAGCUCAAUAAGGUUAUAUUAUAAAAAGUCUCCUCUUAUAUUCUUGUUUACAAGAUGGUAAAACAUGGGCCGGAAAACGCUACUGUUAGGUGACCCCCACAGCCAGUUGACUAACCAAACCCAACAAGGGCUUAUGAAUGACUCUGUGUCCAGGGUUGCUGAUCCAAAAAAUCAACACUUCCAAUAUGGGCUGCCAUAUGUCCAGAUUUUCCCAGACAUUUUUGCCACUUUUCAAAAAUUAUGCCCGGACACUAUUUUUGACGGACGAAUCCAUGGUAUGUCCAAGAAAUUCCAGGUGUAUGGCAGCUCUACUUAUUCCUUCCUCCAUCUUCUGAGAGUUAAAGUCAUAUGCAAGGCAAGGCAAGAGUGUAUUGGAUGUUCCAUUCCUGGCAGAGGGGCACUUCCAGCAGGUGUCAGGAUCAUAGCUGUCAACUUUUCCCUUUUCUUGCAAGGAAUCCUAUUCGGAAAAAGGGAAUUUCCCUUUUAAAAAAGGGAAACGUUGACAGCUAUGGUCAGCAUAGUUGAGAUUGGAACAGUGAUAUACAAAUGUACAGUGACUGAGGUUUGACAUAAACAAUCCCAAGACUCCAAGCCAGCCUCCCCCAAUCUGGUGCCCUCAAAGCAUUUUGGACUACAACAACAUCCAUCAGAUGGCCACAUAUCCUCUACUUCAGCUUCCUGUAACUCAGUGCCAUGCUGGUUGGGCCUGAUGGGAGUUGUAGCCCAACACAUCUAGAGGGCACCAGGUUGAGGAAGCUGAAAUGCAAGGGAACAGGCGCCAUGGAAACAGCUACUUUUCUACAGAGCCUUUCCCAUUCACUUUUCUCUCUGUCCUUAUCUUGACCCCUUGGAGAGAUUUCCAUUAUGUCCCAUAAACAGAAAUCAAAUAUUUGCAGCCAGCAUUAAGCGAUUUGUGUAGGGUCAGGGAGUCCAAGAUCUAAAUCCAGCCUUCACCAUUAGAAAAGGAUUUAUUGGGAAAGCCCCAGGGUAGAGACUGAUCCAAUUACCCACAGUGAGCUGAAGGAAUACUGGAGAAGGCUUCAAUCUUCCUCAGCCAUAUGGAACUACUAUUCAUUUUUCUGUUCUUCUGUGCUGUGAAUAAACUGCAUCAUGGGCUUCUACAACUCAGAUCAGGGGUCAGCAAACUUUUUCAGCAGGGGGCUGGUCCACUGUCCCUCAGACCUUGUGGGGGCCAGACUAUAUUUUGAAGGGAAAGAAAUGAACGAAUUCCUAUGCCCCACAAAUAACCCAGAUGCAUUUUAAAUAAAAGGACACAUUCUACUCAUGUAAAAACACGCUGAUUCCCGGACUGUCUGUGGGCCGGGUUUAGAAGGUGAUCAGGCUGGAUCCGGCCCCCAGGCCUUAGUUUGCCUACUCAUGGCUUAGAUCCAUGUUAUACAUUUAAAGUACAUGGCUUCACCCAAAGAAUCCUGGGAACUGGUAUGGAUGUGACAAUGAGGGAAGAGCUCUAGGGAAGAGCUGAUAUCAAUAUCCAUUGAUAUCAGGCAGGAGACUUCACUAUACUCUUUUCAGUGCCUACUACAAACAUUAUUGUUCAGAUAAGCCCAUUUAGAAAACUGAUGCGAGUUUUAAUCUCAGUAGUGACGCCCUCCCUGUGGAACACCCUCCCUUCGGAUGUCAAGGAAAUAAAAACAACUAUCUGACUUUUAGAAGACAUCUGAAGGCAGCCCUGUUUAGGGAAGUUUUUAAGCAUGGGUGUUUUUAUUAUGUUUUUAGAUAUGUUGUAAGCCGGCCAGAGUGGCUAGGAAAACCCAGCCAGAUGGGUUGUGGUAUAAAUAAUAAAAUUGUUGUUGUUGUUACUAUCUGAAGUGUUAUUUUAACUGUAUUCAAAAGUGCUAAAUUAUUGUUAAUUCUUAUUGACAAUUUCAUUAUGCUAUCUUUAUUGUAAGGCAUUUUGAGGUUUUGUUUUUAAAAAUAAUAAUAAUCAAGCAAUGUAUAAAUUUUAUUAAAUAAAUGAACCGACCAACCCACCCCCCUCGCCCCGUUAUGCAGGACAUGAGAGAGGCGUGACACUAGACAUUGCCUGCAUCACUUAAUCCGGAGCAGUUAUGGCCUCCCUCCGCGGUCCCAGAUUAGGAAAGCCAGCUAGCAAACCUAAACCACGCCAGAAGAGGAAUUUUACGGGGUCAGCUACCCCGUCGAUUUAAUCCUGAGCAAGGGGCGGUGCCGUGGCGCGACCGCAAAAGUCCUUGGGUCCCUGACGUCAUCGCUGGCCGCACUCGCGUUUCCGUGGUAACGCGCCCUUCCUCAGUCAAGUGGCACCGUGAGGCUUCCGGCGCUCUAGGAAAGGACUCGCCGUUCUCCACCCGCUUCCGGCUCCGUCAUGGCGGCGCCCUAACUUGGAAUCACGUGAGCGAAAAGCGGCCUGCUUCUGGCGCUGUUGCCAGGCAACGCGCCUUCCCCAACCCCGGCAACUCUGCUUCAAUGGAUAGGGCGGGGGUCGCUCUGCUAGUCCUCCCCUCUUGAAGGCCGCUGCAUGUAGCUCUUAAGGGGGGUGGGUUGAGUGGGAGCGGGGCGGGCUGUGUUCUGGCCCCGGAUUUUCUCCUUCCGCCAAGCCGAGGAAAUGAAAUCCCCCACAGCCCUUCAGGAGGGCAGCUCGCGGGUCUUGGGUUUAAAUGGCUUCAAACAUGUGGGAAGACGGGCUCUGCCCCAAGGAGCCUGCAGUCUCCCAAGUCCCAUCAUCCCUGAGCAUUGGCCAUGCUGGGUGGGCUAAUGGGCGUUAUUUAUAUGCAGUAUUUUGUAAAAUUUAUACACAACUGGAUUGUGAAAACGAACAAACCUCCAAGCGGUUUACAAAAAAACCCCAUAAAAUCAUCAGAAAUUACUAACCAUAAUUUAAGACCUUUGAAAAGUUAUCUUUUACCCUAUCUGAGUAGGCUUGUCUAAACAAGAAUGUAUUUAGCAGGUGCUGAAAAGAGUGCUGUGAAGGUGCCCUUCUGAUAUGAAUAGGCAGAGUUUCAAAGAGUAUUUUAUUGUUUGUUUGUUUAUUUAUUUAUUAGAUUUAGAUACCGCCCUUGAUCAAAAGACCUUAGGGCAGUUCACAAGAUAAAAAUACAAGAUAAAAACACAGAUAGUUAAAGUAAAAACCACAAAACAAUAUAAUAUUCAUUCUACAAUGGCUGAAGUCACAAGUGUAGGUGCUGCUGUUCUAAAAAAUUGAGUUCUUACCAGCGGCGGAGAAGUAUUCUGUGGCACCUCUAAUAGUGCCACUUGGGCACAGCUGUUCCCCAUGCCCUGCACUAAAACAAGACAUACAAUGUUGGGAGGGGGAACAGGAUGAAACGGUGCCUGAAGGUGUGGAGAAGGUGAGGAGGGAGUUUGCCUGCUUCUCUCAGUCAUAAGACUGGAACUCAGUGGGGACAUGCAAGAAAGCUGGAGGUUGGGAGAUUCAGGACAGGCAAAAGAAAUCAGACAAAUUCAGGGAGGACAAGGCUAUUGAGGGCUACUAGUCACAAUGACUAUGCUCUGCUUCCACAGUUAGAGGCAGUAAUGCUUCUGAAUACCAGUGGGUGGAAACCACAGGAUGGGAGAGGUGCUCUUGUUCUUGAAACCUGCUUGUGGGUUUCCCAUUGGGAUAUCUGUUUGGCUGCAGUUGAGAACAGGAUGGGCCAUUGACUUGAUCCAGCAGGCUUUCCUUAUGUUCAUAUCCUGAUCCAAGAAAUAGGUCCGCCUGCUCACACACCCAGCUUAGAGGCCAAUAUCCUGGCAUGUUUUAUGGGAAGCUAUGAAUUGGCAAACCAAGAGAUGAGCGCCAAACCUUGGCACACAAUGGGUGAGGCAAGUGGGCAGGGAGCAGGCACAAAGUUUGUUCCUAGACUGUUAGAUACAGCCUUUCUUUGGUAGUAUAUUUGUGGGGGUUCCCUGCACUUUUCCCCUGUUGGAAUUGGCUCCUCUUUAAUCAGCUGCUUUUUGGAUUUUGUAGGUCAGGAUGGACUUCUUGAGCCUCUUCCUCCUCUAUGUGUUUCUGGUUCUGCUGACCAUUCUCCUUGUUUGUUUCUAUUCUGGAAGGAAGCAAAGCAUCCCCUCAAGGCUUAUCACCUGCAUAACUCAGGUAAGGAAUGAUCACAUCAGUUUGUCACCCCACUGCUGUGCCCACUUGCGAACAGUGGUACUUAAAAUUUGCCAGCACUGUUUCUAGCAUGAUGACAGGUCAGCUUCCAUCCCACCAAUCUCUAUUUCAUGCUGCCAGAGGAGCAUCUACACAAAAUGGUGAUGUUCAGUUUGUGUGUCAAUCCUGUUCUUCCAUAUUGCAGGUAAAGGCAGGUGUUCCCAUCCAUCAUUGGCUCUUCAAUCUUGUGAUAGUACGAAAGCAUUUUUCUAUGCCAAAGAUAUCGUGACUUGUAUGUGAAAGAGAAUUGACUAGUGGUGAUUAUUUAUUUACAUUUAACAAUUUACAUUUAAUACACACACACACAAAGUAAUUAUAAAUAGGCACAUAAACAGGCAACAAUAAGAACAGAUAAAGGUAGAGCAUGACCAGUAGUUACAGAUGAUGGGAGCUGAAAUCCAGCAACACCAUGAGGACCACAAAGUCUCCUCUAUCUCCGUUCUCUUUAGAAGAGAUGCAAAUGCCAUUUCCUAAAAACAGCAAAAGGGGUAGACUUGAGUCUGGGUUGUACCAUUUCAGUAGUGCGGGUAAGGAGCUCAUGGGAGUGGAUGCUUCUCCAUACAGUUACAAAAACCUUUACACAUAGAAAGCCAAACGUUAGGGAGAUGAAUUCUAGCUCAAUCUUUUCUGCUAUGAGCUAAUUUUAUAUGUGGGUGAGUUUUCUUUUCUAUGGGAGGAAGAUUUAGUCUUCUGAACCCCACUGGCAAUCUGAAGUGGUUCACCCUCAAAACCAGUUUGAGAACUAGACCUUCAUGCCAAAUAAACAGUUUCUGAAUUCUUCCAGUGUCAAGAAUCAGUUAAGAAAUACAGCUGCAUUCUGUCCAUGUGGCACUUACUCUGUCACCCCAAGAACGUAAAAAACUCAGUGAUUGGGGAUUUUUUAUUUCCCCCUUUAAAAAAAAAAUUCCUCCCUCUGUCUUCUGUGAUGUAGGUGCUGUUGCGUAUAGUCCCAUCCCAAGUCCAAGGAGCUGCUCAUUGGGUGCUUCAUGGACUCUUCCAUAAACGGUACUGCUUCUACCCCUUCUUUUGUGCCUUUUCCUUGCCUGUCUGGUUGUUAGCACUAACAUUUUCAUUUUAUUUAUGUCACUUUUAAAAUUAUCAUUUCAGUUUAUUACCAUAAGGUUCCAGGGUGCAAUGUUAAAACAAUUUAAAACAACCCACAGACAUGAGAAUAGGGUGAGUCACAAAAACAUACAUCUCAGAUAUCAAAGGCAAGGAGAAGGAGGUGUGUAUUUCUAUGAUGCCUAUCAGUUGCCUUUUCUAAGGAGGCUCACUUCCACAUUAAGACACAAAGUAUUACACCUCUAAAGUUAUAGUGCAAAACUCUUUGAAUUGCCACAGCUUUGCAGAACGGCUUCCAAAGAUGGCUUCCCUGUGCCUUCCAAGAGUGCAGCAGGUCUUCUGCAUUCCUCGUUCUCUGUUGUGCAGUGAUGGCCAUGCUGGUUGGGGCUGCUGGGGCUGCUGGGUUGUAGUUGGAACCAUCUGAAGGGCGCCAGGUUAGACAAGUCUGUUUUAAGCCAUGAUUUUUCUGUAUAUCUUGGGUAACCCUUGGAGAUGGAGAUACUUCCCUUUUUUAUCUGGGUGACUUUUGUUGCCAAGACUGGCUGUGUAAUGGCGUCCACUUCACCAUUCAAGGAAGUGGAGUGGCAUCCCAGCAAAAAUAUAUUCGGAUUAAAAAGAAAACAUGGUAAUGCAAAUUAUUGAUGAAAGCAUUAUGUUUUGGGUUACAUACAGAAAGUGACACACAAGAAGGAACUAUCAAGAUAAUGGGAGACAGAAACAAAUAAGAGUGAGCAAAUGAUUUAGUAAUGUGAGAUACCUACAGGACUUCACUGUUGCUUUUACUCCAAUUUAGCAAAUGCAGGUAUUUUUGCUUCAUUUCCUGGUUGUCCUGGUUGGAUUAAAGUUUCUGCAUUCAGAAUGUCACUGAUUUCAUCCAGCUCAAGAGAAACAGCAAGGCUCACAAAGGGUAAAGAGGUAGUCUUAUUGUACAAUCCUGUGCAUAUUUAUUUGGAAGUGUGUUUAAUGGGGAUUACUCUCAAGUCUGUUUAGGAUGGCAGAUUUAUUUCUUUUAUUACAGUUGUUUUCAAAACAGGACCAGUUAGGAGACCAAUAGCUUAAUUUGGCCUUUAGGUUUCUCUGAGGACAGUUACUCUUCACCUCUAAAACACCUUAGGCUGCAAUAUCCAGUGCAAAAUAUCACAAGCCUGAUAUAUUUCUGGGUGGGAGUCUACCCUUACGCACCUCUUUUCUUUUUGCUGCAGAAACUGUACAUUUGUGGUCCUGCACUUGCUCUUGGAAGCUUUGGUUUACGGGGAAUAUGCCUGGGAAGUGUUUGGCUAUUGUCAGGAGCUGGAGUUCAGCAGUCACUUCCUCCUCCUCCCUUACCUACUCUUGGCUGUGAACAUAGGUUUCUUCAUUCUGUGCUCCAAGACUAACCCAGGUAACACUGCUUUCCCUGCAAUUGUAACUGUUGGGCAGUGGGGAAGUACCCCAUAAAUGGCCUUGAUUUCAGCGGAUGGGGUGAUGAACCUAUGCCUGCUUCCAGUUAAUAUAAGACACCAUUAUAAAACCUUGGAAUACAAAGAAAUGAGCAUUCUUCAGUUGUUCUGUGACCUUACGAAGAGCUUCUGUUGGGUAGAUUCUGACGCGCAGCGUAAAUUAAUAAUGCAGAGUUUUAAAGAAUAAAAGCUUUACUAAGUUAAAAUAAACUUCUUCAUAAACAACAUGGUUCCAAACAGUUUGACUGAGAUUACAUACAGACUCUGUUCAAAGCUGAGGCAGACAGACUCUCACUGACAUCUUAAAGAGAGCACAAAAGAGAAACUGGCUGCUCAGUUACAUGUCAGAAUGACUCAACAGUUAGCAGUUAGGCCUGAAUAAAAUUAGUAGGCCCAAAUGACUGUGCAGUCCCAGCACUUCCCAGCCUGCUUUGCUGCUUCUGCUCUCAUGUGUCUUUGUCACAUGACAGAUUCUGCAGCUAGACUAGCGUUUUGGCUGGUGCCCUACCCAUACCGUUUAUGCCAGCUUUUGCCAACUGGUGCCGUCCAGAUGCUUUGGACACCCAGGCAGCACAGCUGGCUGAUGGGAAUUGUAGUCCUUACAAGGCACCAGGUUGGCAAAGGCUGCUCUACACACACAUACACCAAGGAUGCAUGGGUACCUCCUUCCCACUGAGCUAUCUUUGGAUGCCCAAAGCAGGCACCUCUCUGGAACAUGCAGACUAGGUAAUUCCCACCCCCCUGCAGGGAAGUUCCUUCACAGUACUGCUCUUUUAGUUCAGUUCACUUAUCUUGUGUACAUUAUUUUCCAGUUAUUUCCUUCUUUCAGUUUUGCUUCAUAGUCAGUCACCCUUUGGGCACCGUCCUCUUGCUGUGUGCCGAGCUUUAUGGCCCAGCCAUUUGUCUUUUUUCUCAAGUGUGAGAAUUGCAGCAGUCACAACCUGUCUCCUGGGUUUUGGAGAGUCUCACCAACAUGUGCAAGGACUAUUAUGCCUUCACCAAGCAGUUAAACUACAUCAUUUGCUCCCACAGGUCUUGGGCUGCUUAAAAUGGGAAUUAGACAAAUUUGUGGAGAAUACUAAGGAUAUAAGUGGCUACUAGUCAUGAUGGGAUGGCUGCAUACUGCCUCUGGUGUCAGAGUUUGUUAUACCUUAGAAUGCCAGUUGCCGGAGAGCACAACUGGAGAAAGUUGCUGCUUUUGCACUCAGGUCCUACUUUUGGGCUUCCCAUUGGGGCACGAUUAAGAACAGGAUGCUGACUUAGAUGGACCCCCUUUGGGCUGAUGUAGCAGGCCAAAUUAUUAUAUUCGCUGGAAUUUGAAAUCGGAUGUCAGGAAAGAAUCCUAGCAACAAGGCACCAUUUGCUACUGCCUUUCCCGGUCCAGGUACCAUAACCAAAUCCAACCAGGUGCUGUUCCUCCAUGCAUAUGCCUAUGACGGUGUGAUGUUUGAGAAAGGGGUUGAGUGCUCCACUUGCAAAGUGAGGAAACCUGCCCGAUCCAAGCACUGUGGUGAGUUUAUAUUAUAAUUAUCCCCACAUGACUGUAUAUGUGUGCCAAGAUCUGCCUUGGAGGAUGUCCAUUUAAUGGGUCCCACCAUCAUGGGCAGUGAGGCAGGUAGCAGCUGGAGACGGGGCCUUCUUUGUGGUGGUGCUUCAGCCCUUGAACUCUCUCCCAAGAGAGGCUCACCUGACACCAGUUAAUGUCCUUUUGGCACAGGAUGGAAACUCUUCCCCCUGGUCUUCUCUGGAUGGUGUGUAGGUGGUCCCAAGUUCAACCAUGGGAUAAGGCCAGUCCCAAGGAUGGGCUGGUCACAUGACAUAGGAUUGUUAAACACCACUCCUGUCACUCCACUUCCACUUAUUUUGCCUGUCUUGCCAGAGCAGAUGGCUAUCUCUUGCCUGCUUUGUCAUCAUGUAAUAAUUGAUGAGUCUUGACAGAACUUUUGGUUACCGUUUUUGUUUAUUGUUAUUAUUCUGUUCAAUUUGUGUUGUAAAGCACUCUUGAGAACAUUUGUGUUGAAAAGCAGGAUGUUAAUGUAUUUUUAGUAAUUUAUUUAUUUGUUAAAUUUGUAUCUUGGGACCUUCUAAGAUUAAAAGAGAUUGCUCAUACUGGCAUCUGUUUCUGCUCUGGCCCUAAACUCCUUGUAUCCACUGUGUCCUUUUUCUAGGUUGACCCAUCCCAUUUUGCCACGAAGGUAGCACCCUGCAUUUGUGCUGCCCGCCCCCCACUUACCAUGUCCACUGAAGCCCUGCUUACAGAGGUCACACAGUUGAGGGCUCUGGUUCCAGUGAGAACCUUACGAAAUCGUGCAGGGGCCUCACAUGACCUUCCCCAGACCCCAGCUGCCUUGCUUAAGAGAGGCCUCUGCGUAAUCUCGCAGGGAUCUCGUGAGAUUCCCCCUACAACCCAGAAGCUGCCAUAAUCACAGAUGUGCCCCUUGGAUUCUGCCACCUGAGGCGGUUGCCUCAGCCUGCCUGGUGGCCCUACCUUUUUAAAAUGUCAAACACCCCCUCCCCCAUCUGCCUUUACCUCUGCUCUCACCCUGUGCAUUGCUGGAGGCCUCUUCAGAAGAGAUUUUGCACCAGGAGACCUGCCACAUGUGGUCAAAUUGGGUCAAAAAUCUUUUAUUUGGUUUGCUGCUUUCUUUCCCUCCACUCAUUCGCCCACCUUCCCCUUUGAACAAUGGGGCUAUUAGGAGUGACCCAGCAUGCUAAUAGCUCAUGCCUGGUUUUUCGUUUGUUUGUUUUAACUGGUAUGUUUUAAACUCAGGAGGGUUAUGGGUUGGUUUCUUGAUAACCAGAACAUCAUGACCUUUCUUCUGGCUUUGAUCAGGUGUGUGCAACAGCUGCGUGCAUCGUUUUGAUCACCACUGUGUCUGGGUCAACAAUUGCAUUGGUGCCUUCAACAUCAGAUACUUCCUGCUCUAUCUCCUUACCUUGACCUCCAUGGCUGUUUCAAUCGCAGUCUUAACAGCCACUUUCCUCAUCCAGGUGGUCCUUCUGUCAAAUAUGAUGCACGGGUAUUACACAGAUGACCAAGGCCAGGAGCGCCCAAUUGAUGCCUUCUUCCUUAUUCAGGUAAAAGUUGACAAAAUGAUGUGGGCUGUACCCAACUAAAUCCUGCUCAGAGUAGCCCUGUUGAAAUUAAUGGACCAGUAAUUUCAGUGGGCCUGCUCCGAGCAGGGUUUAGUUGGAUACAACCCUUAAUGUCUGAUGCCUUCAUCUGUAUGUAGCUGUGGACUCCCUUGAAGGGAACAGAUUUACUGUUGUGCAAGCUUUUGCAGAAAGGGUCUUACUUCUUCUGAUCUGCAGAAUAGAUUUCAAAGCCUGAAUGUAAUUUAAUCAAAAGAAUCAUUAAUUUGGAGACUAAAUAUGCCUUUCUGACAUUGACGUUAAAUUGAUGUGCUUUUAUUAUCAAGGGGUGGGAUCCAGCUAAACAGUUCCACUUGUCGCAAGCACUUUGGAUGCACAGUGGAACUUCUUUUCCCCACCUACUCCCUAAAGCUUAGGGGUGACCCCCAGAACAAAUAUAGGGGAUGCAUGGGGGUGGGAUUCCAUUGUGCAGUCAAAAAUGCUAGCAGUAGUGAAACUGUUCAGAUGGAUACCACCCAAGAAACUUAAUAGUAUGCACCUUCUUGAGAAUAGUUGUUUUACAAAGCUAACUUAGAUGUGCCUUUGUCUUUCUUUGUUAUAAGGGCCACUGGUACUAAAUUCAAAAGACACUUGCAUAUUGUAUGGUGAUCAGAGGAACUAUGGUUAGUCUGGGUUUUCUUAGUAAUUUGAAUUUAGCUUUUCUUUUACUAUCAAGAUAAAAGCUAAAAUUUUGAAUUAUUCAAGAUGCAGACUUACUGAUCACAUUGAUCAAAGUGCAGUAUUGACAAGCUGUCUACCAUUGAAGGAAGAAGUAGGCACAUGAACCACCAGGACAGGGGGGUUAGGCUAUUCUUUGUGCAUUUUGACUCCAGCUGGGUAUUUUUCUCUUCGCAGCAUCUUUUCCUGACCUUCCCCAGGAUCGUGUUCAUGCUGGGCUUUGUUGUUGUCCUUUCAAUUGUACUGGGCUCCUAUUUUUGUUUUACUCUGUAUUUGAUCCUGACCAACCAGACAAGCAAUGAGUGGUUCAAGUCAGCAAGGUAUAAAUGUUCAUCCUCAGAGGACGACACCAGGCAGAGGGGUUACAAAAAUAUUUAUUCUAGAGGCAUCCAGGGCAACAUCACAGAAAUUCUUAAGCCAAUUAUGAGCCCUGAAAAAAAGCAAAGAUGAGUUGCCAUUGACAGCAGUGGACUGUAUAAAUCUUAAAUUUUUAAUCUCAGCACAGAAGUCCCAGGCAAAAUUAAUCUACUGCAAGGGUAGUCAAUGUGGUGCCCAUGGGCAUUGAGUGUGCCGGACACUACCUACCUCUUACAGGGCCUGUGAAAGAUCUUAGUUCUCAUCACAAUGCUCAGAGAGGGUGUUUGCUCUUUUUGUGCACCUCCUUUUUGCACUGUCUCAGCCUAUCCUUCAGUGGCUGGCAGAACUGGAUAUAGUGGUCCUCCACCCAUGCUCUUGGAAGUGGCAGCCAUCUCCAAAUGUGCCUACUGGCCCCAAAAGAUUAGUGACUCCUGACCUUAACUGUUGAGUCGGCCUUGCAAGCAAGCCCCAACUUACCAGUGCAACUGGAGUAACCAUACCUGUUUACUGCUAGUGUCUGCCUGAAAUGGAAGCUGAAGCUGCAGUUUGUGAUAGGGACAAGGAACUAACCUCUAGAAUACUGCACUGCAGAUGGUUGGACUAUAGAUGAUCCUUAUGGUCCCUUCCAAUUCUAUGAUUCUGCUUAGGAGCCCUAAGCCCCUGCUUGCUUCUUGAGACUUUAGGCACUACCCUAGUUUCCAAUCAUGAGAACUAGAAACUUGUUAACUAGAAUAAUCUAAGGCUACUGACUGAUUUUGCACAACUAACAUUCAUUUCAAGAGUCUGGCAUAUACAGAGUCCUGCUGGAUUACAUUUACUCUGUAGGAUAAGAGAAGUGACAGCUACUUUUUACCAGAACAAAAAACAAAUAACCAGCUUUCAUCUAAUAAUAGCUCUCUUUUUAUUACAUCAGAAUUUUGUAGAAAAUUAUGUAUUUUAAAAACACUUACAAACUGUACAAUAAGCAAUUAAAUGUUACAUGGUUACAAAAUGUACAUUGUGGCCUUUAUGUAGCAGUUGCAGGAUAUUAAGAUAACCUGUUUUCCUGUAUAGUAAAGCAUUUUCAAACUUUUCU